AGAUCUGCACCACCAGCCGCCGGGAGCUCGGGGCUCCGGGCGUAGAGGCUGCGCUGUCACAUGGGCGGCGGCGACGGGGCCGCAUUUAAGCGGCCGGGGGACGGCGCCCGCCUCCAGCGCGUCCUCGGGCUUGGCUCCCGCCGGGUGCCCGGCUCCCUGCCCGCCGGGGGCCCCGCGCCGCGCCGCACCGUGCCGCCCCCGCCGGGCCAUGCGAGCGCGGGCCCCGCCGCGAUGAGCUCGCACAUCGCCAAAAGCGAGUCCAAGACGUCGCUGCUGAAGGCGGCGGCGGCGGCGAGCGGGGGCAGCCGGGCUCCCCGCCACGGCCCUGUCCGGGAGCCGGGGCUGCCCAGCCGCCGGCUGCCCGGCGCCUACCCGGGCACGCCGCCGUCGUCCGGGGACCCGAGUUCGCGGAGGCCCCUGUGCCGGCCGGCGCCGCGGGAGGAGGGCGCGCGGGCGGGCGGCCGCGGGCUCCCCCCGGCGCACUGCAGGCCCCGGGAGGCGCCGCCGGCCGCGGUGUCCCGACCUUCGCCGGCGUCGCCGCUGCCGCCCGCCCGCGGGCGGGAUGGGGAGGAACGGGGUCUGUCCCCGGCGCUCGGCCUCCGGGGCUCUCUGCGAGCCCGGGGCCGCGGGGACUCCGCUCCAGCCGCCGCGUCCGAGGCGGACCCGUUCCUCCACCGGCUGCGCCCCAUGCUCAGCUCCGCCUUCGGCCAGGACAGAUCACUGCGACCAGAGGAGAUUGAAGAGCUCCGAGAGGCAUUCAGGGAAUUCGACAAGGACAAGGAUGGCUACAUCAACUGCCGGGACCUGGGCAACUGCAUGCGCACAAUGGGCUACAUGCCCACCGAGAUGGAGCUCAUUGAACUGUCCCAGCAGAUCAACAUGAACCUGGGUGGCCAUGUGGAUUUUGACGACUUUGUGGAGCUCAUGGGGCCUAAACUCCUGGCAGAGACAGCAGAUAUGAUCGGAGUAAAGGAACUGCGAGAUGCUUUCCGAGAGUUUGACACCAAUGGUGAUGGGGAGAUAAGCACCAGUGAGCUGCGAGAGGCCAUGAGGAAGCUCCUGGGUCACCAGGUGGGACACCGAGACAUAGAGGAAAUUAUCCGAGAUGUGGACCUCAAUGGGGAUGGGCGAGUGGACUUUGAAGAGUUUGUCCGGAUGAUGUCCCGCUGAGGCCGCGAGGGCCCCUCCAGGACUGCCAAGCUCCCACAGGCGGGGAGCAGAGGAGCCAGGGCUCGCCUCACCCGCCGUCGCCGCCGAGAGCCCAGGAUGCACUAGUGGAUGGGGCCUGCCUGCACCCCGGGGAGGUGCCCACCCCGGACCCCCACCCCUCCGCACUGUGAAAGACUAACUCCUGCAACUGGAAAGGGAGGCGCCCGCCGACGAGGAGGCCGCAGUGCCAAGCCGGCAGAGGUCAUGCCAGGCGCCAAGUGCCAUGUACCCAGCUGCUGCUGGCUGGGUGGGCCAGGGAGCCCGCCAGCAGACCCCACACAGCAUGUCCGCCCCAGGGCAAAGCCUCUUGCCGCCCUCCUUAGCUCUGUGCCCGUCCCAGCUCGCCUCAGCCCUGAUAUCUCAGAACCAAUAAAAAUAUUUCCAAGAG